AUGGCUGCUUAUCAAUGAUCUUUACCUACAUACAGUGUGCUCAGCAUGACUCACAGACUUGGAGCUCUGAAGCAGUCUUCAAGGUCUUUUCUGGUUAGUAGAGCUCUCAAGAUUGCUCAGAAGAAGCAUGGCCAGUUACCCGAGUCUCCAUUAAAACAAGCAAGAGUUCUACCUGCUUCUGGUAUUGCUGAGCUGAGUGAUGUUAUCAAGUUCGUUACUAGUUUCCACUGGGAGACCACUCCACCCGACAACACGCUGAAGACGCUAGCCUCACUGAUGUCUGUCAGCCUGUGUAGUGCUCUACCAAGACCAGGACCACUCAGUCGGGAAAGAAGGGUGACUCCUAAAGAUGAUAGGAUGGUAGGAGGUCGGGUGACGGCAUUACACAAGUCCAGGCUGACUGUGGUGGACCUUAUUGAGUUAGCCAGUAUGAGCAAACAGAGUGGGGAUAAGCUGUCCAAAGAAGCAUACAGUGAACUCCUCAAGCUUUGCCUCAGUCUCAUAAAUUCUGGGAGCGAGCAAGGCACUAAGACGCAUGUUGUCAUGGAGAUGGUGGAUUACAUGAUCCAAGACUGGGGAAAAGAGGAGGUUCGCUCGACCGCUUACUCGAGUGCUUUCCAAGCAUCAACUAACUCAACUCAAGUGGACAGUUUGUACAGACACUUCAAGAGGACUGGCAUCCAACCAAAGCUGGACAAAGAAGUUGUGGUUGAGGCCUACAUGGACACAGAGGGCGUCCCCCGGCCCUCACUCAGUCGACUGAUCUCAGAAGACCCGGAUGGAUUACCCUCAAGGAUAACAUUUGAGCGGCUGAUCCUAGGCUGUGUGGAAGCUAAUCAACUACAACGCUGCAUUGGACUCUACACUUGCAUGACCAGGCGAUACAGAAUCCCACCUACAAGAAUGGCAUUCAGUUCUGUGACGAGGAUGCUAGUUCAGACCCUGGGGACUAAGCCACCUCACCAGUGGAGACUAGCACUCUGCAGCCAACUACUGACAGACACGUUGCAUGUGUUUGAUGGGCAGCCUCCAUUGUGGGUGUAUCCAGAGAUGGCAAAACCUCUCACUCUGUUGUUAAAAAAUAACGGAUACAAAGAAAUGAUAAAGGCCUCGGGGAGAGCAGCAGAGGAGUACUGCAAUGGAUACAAAGAAAUACAUUUAGCAGAUGUUCUGAGGGACUUGUGGGAUCCUGCCCUGUUCUAUUCACUGCUCCAAUGUGCACAAAAGACUGGAAACACCACUCUUGCAUUAGACUUGCUAACAGACAUUAAGGCCAUGUAUGGAACACUUGCCAGGCCGCUAGACUGGGUCCGAGUGUUUGAGAAAAUGCUCAGCUUGGUCAAAUCACGCAAGGACCUGACCGACUACUUACCAACACUGGUUGAAGAAAUGACCACCAUCUUGAACAAGAAGCAGAUCAAUGCUCUCCAAGAUCCGCUAUUCAGAGCUCUAACACGAGCCUAUCAUUACAAUUGUGAAGCAAUAUCUAUGAAGAGGAAAAACUCCCACCCAUCAGCUCCUGGGUAUCUGUUUAAAGCCUCCCAAUUCCUCAUCAGCACAGCUGUGCAGUCCACGUCAAUGGAUCAAUGCAUUAGAGACUUGGUUCGUUGUGCUGAGAAGUAUGUUGAAACAGAGCAAACUACGUAUACUGAUUAUGAAGACUUAGGCACUGCACUAGCUAUUUGAUCAUCGUGCAAUAUCGUUGUGCCAUCACUUUAAUAUUUGCACAUACUUCAUUUGAUAACAAUUUCAUGCAGAUAUCAGUCUAUGCUAUUUG